UACAUAAAGUGACGUGUGACGUGUCGAAUAACAAUCACGCUUUCGGGAAAUUUCGGCUUGUCAGAGUGAUUACGUUUAGUGGCGAUUGUCAAUAAUUAUCUGCGCUUCUAACGUAAUAUCACGCAAGAUAUAUUGCCACUGUUUGAUUUUGCUAUUAUAUUUCUUGCUGCUUUUCCACGAGGGGCAGAAAAAUGUCUUUCGUUUCGCCCAUGCCCAGCCAGGAAUUUCUUUGGAGCGUAUUCCAAAGGGUGGAUAAAGACAGAUCUGGUUCAAUUACUGCAGAUGAAUUACAACAAGCUCUCUCAAAUGGUACAUGGACACCAUUUAAUCCAGAAACUGUUCGUCUAAUGAUUGGUAUGUUUGACACUGACAAAAUCGAUCCUGCUACAGGUAUGUUCGAUAAAAACCAAACUGGUACUGUGAGUUUUGAAGAAUUUGGAGCAUUGUGGAAAUAUGUUACUGAUUGGGAGAAUUGUUUUCGAUCAUUUGAUCGCGAUAACAGUGGUAACAUUGACCGCAACGAAUUGAAGACUGCUCUGACAAACUUUGGAUACCGACUAUCAGAUCAAAUAAUUGACACACUUAUAAGAAAGUAUGAUCGGGCAGGUCGCGGAACAAUAUACUUUGACGACUUUAUACAGUGCUGCAUAGUACUAUAUACUUUGACAUCCGCUUUUAGACGAUUAGACACAGAUCUGGAUGGUGUUAUAACAAUCCACUACGAACAAUUUUUGGGCAUGGUAUUUAAUCUUAAGAUAUAAACAUCAUAUAUUAUUUCUUUCAUGCCUGCUUUUGAUCGAGCAUAUUAAUAUUUAAAGCCUAAAGGUAUACUAAGAUGCCAAAUAAAGACAAAAAUUUCGCUCUGCUAUAUAUGUGAAAAACUAUCAGAAUCUCCAAAAUUAAAACUUAUUUACACAUUUAUCUCUUUACAUACAUUAUUAAUAAAAUUUGUUCAAAUGAAAGAUUUUAUUACAAAUUAAAAUAUAAUUUUUUGUAUUUAAUAAUAUAUAAAUUAUGUAUAAUACAUACAUAUCACAGAUUAUUAUAAUGGUUCACAGAAAUUAUUUGUAUGUUUGCGCUACUGAUAUAAAUUAUAGCUUCAUGUAUGACAUUCCUGUUUUUUAUGAUACAUUAUAUUAUGCAUCUUUUUCUUUUAAGAAAUUAUACAAAUACAAUAAAUGGCCAAAACCAAUUUUGGAAAUUCUGAAAUUGUAUGAAAAUGUUGAUAUUAAUUGAUACAUGUCGCAGAAUAUGACUGGUUAAUAUUAUAAAUGUUUGAAAGACAUAAAUUAGAGUUUGAAUGUAUAUACGAACUCUAUAUAUAUACACACACAAUUCCUACUUUAUAUAUGUAACUGCAUAUAUACACUUCCAGCAUUACUGUUACACAUAAAUUAUAGUAAUUAAUGAAAGAGUUUACAUACAUAAGUGUGCGUUUUAAUAAUUUUAAGCAACAAUAAGAAAAAUAAAAAAAUAUAAAUCUUGUAUUUUUUUAAAAUAAUAUUAUUACAAUUGUUAUAUAUUUAUGCGUAAUAAUAUUUAUCGAUAUGUACAAUAAUUAUAGUUAUGUAUUUUUCUAUCUCAUUAUUAUUACAUUGAACAAUUAUAAUGAACGCACCAUAGAAGAAAUAUAUUUCUUUUACUAAA